AUAUUUGUGUUUCAGAGACACCAUGUGGAGGAUUUUCACUGGCUCUCUGCAGCUGGAGGAAAAGUCCAAUGUUCUCCUGCAUGACCUGCGUGAAAUUGAAGCUUGGAUCUAUCGUCUUCUGCGUUCCCCAAUUUCUGUACCUGGCCAGAAAAGGGUUGAUGUGGAGGUUCUGCCCUUGGAGUUGCAGCCACCCUUGACCUUUGCUCUUCCUGAUCCCUCUCGUUUUUCGUUGGUGGAUUUUCCUCUUCACUUGCCACUAGAACUUUUGGGAGUUGAUGCUGCUUACAAGUCUUGUCCUGCAUCCUGCUGGAGCACAAGGUUGUGCUGCAGUCCCGAGACUACAAUGCAUUGUCAAUGUCUGUAAUGGCUUUUGUAUCCAUGAUUUAUCCACUGGAAUAUAUGUUUCCUGUAAUUCCACUCCUUCCCACAUGCAUGGCAUCUGCUGAGCAGCUGCUCUUGGCACCCACUCCGUACAUCAUAGGAGUCCCUGCUAGCUUCUUUCUCUACAAGUCUGACUUUAGGAUGCCUGAUGAUGUUUGGCUGGUAGAUCUGGACACUAACAAGGUUGUCGCACCUACUAAUGCAGAACUUUUACCCUCACUGCCAGAACCUGAAGCAUCAGAGCUCAAGAAGCACCUCAAGCAGGCCCUGGCUAGUAUGAGCCUAAACACCCAGCCUAUCCUUAACCUAGACCGAUUCCAUGAGAGCUCAGAGGCUGCCAUGCUUCGACCCCACAGCGAUGCCCAGGGUACCCCCUCCACGGAGUUUAACCCCCUUAUUUAUGGGAAUGAUGUUGACUCUGUAGACGUGGCGACACGGGUUGCCAUGGUCCGAUUCUUCAAUUCUCCAAACAUGUUGCAUGGUUUCCAGCUGCAUACUCGCACUUUGCGUCUGUUCCCCCGGCCUGUAGUGGCUUUCCAGUCCUCUUCCUUCCUUGCAUCACGUCCCAAGGCUACCCCCUUUUCUGAGAAGCUGGCCAAAACGCAGGCUGUGGAGUUUUUUGGAGAAUGGUCUCUCAACCCCACUAAUUUUGCCUUUCAAAGGAUACACAACAAUAUGUUUGACCCAGCUUCAAUUGGAGAUAAGCCAAAGUGGUAUGCCCACCAGCUGCAGCCCAUCCAUUAUCGUGUGUAUGAUGCAAACUCCCAGCUGGCAGAAGCACUCAGUGUCCCUAUAGAGAGGGAUAGUGACUCAGAGCCCACUGAUGACAGUGGCAGCGACAGUGUGGAAUAUGACGACUCCAGCUCUUCUUAUUCUUCACUUGGUGACUUUGUCAGUGAAAUGAUGAAGUGUGACAUCAACGGUGACACACCUAAUGUGGAUCCACUGACACAUGCUGCCCUGGGGGAUGCCAGUGAGGUGGAGUUUGAUGACUUUCAGGAGUACUCCGGAGAUGUGGAGGAAACUGCUCCUGACAGUGAGAACUCACCUGAUAACAACCAGGCACGGUCAGGCUCCAGCACCACCGCCAGCAGCAGUCCAAGUACUGUCAUCCAUGGAGCCAACACGCAAGAAUCUGCUGAUUCUGCCGAGCCGGAAGAGAAGGUUUUGGGUGUGCUGCACAAUCACUUACCCACCCUGCCACCCACAUUUAACCGCCUAGCAAUGGAACGCCGUGAGAGUGAAGCAUCUGUUGGUGGGGGUGAGGCACGAAGGCGCGAGUAUGACAAUCCCUAUUUUGAGCCCCAGUAUGGAUUUCCACCAGAGGAGGAAAAUGAAGAACGGGAAGAGAGCUAUACACCCAUGUUUAACCAGACUGUUAAUGGCACCCGAUCUCAGAAGCCUUUGCUUCGCCCUAAUAGCCUGAAGCUGGCCAGCGAUUCUGAUGCGGAAACAGAUUCUCGAGGAAGCUCCCCCACCUCAACAGUUUCCAACAAUAGCAGCAAUAAUGAGGGCUUUGGGGGCAUCAUGUCCUUUGCCAGUAAUCUGUAUAAAAGUCAUAGUAGUAGCUUCAGUCUGUCAAGUUUGACGCUUCCAAACAAGAGUGGCCGGGAUAAGGCGACCCCAUUUCCUAAUUUUAAAGUAUUUGGGCUAAAUACUAUAAUGGAGAUUAUUGCAGACUCCGGUCCCGCCCCUGCAGAAGCCAGCACCAGGCGUGCUUUGGUAGACCAGAAAUCCUCAGUUAUAAAACACAGCCCUACAGUAAAGCGGGAAUCUCCUUCCCCACAGGGUAGAGCGAACAAUUCCAGUGAGAACCAGCAGUUUCUGAAGGAGGUGGCAAUGAGUGUCCUAGAAGGACAAGGAGUAGGCUGGCUGAACAUGAAAAAAGUGCGCCGCCUAUUGGAAAGUGAGCAGCUGCGUGUUUUUGUUCUGAGCAAACUAAAUAGGUCCAUACAGACAGAAGAGGAUGCUCGCAAUGAUGUAAUCCAGGAAGUGGAAAUCAGCAGGAAAGUAUACAAGGGCAUGCUAGAUAUGCUGAAGUGUACAGUGUCCAGCCUGGAGCAAUCGUAUGCCAACGCAGGGCUGGGGGGCAUGGCUAGUAUCUUCAGCUUAUUGGAAAUUGCUCACACUCAUUAUUACAAUAAAGAACCUGAGAAAAGGAAGCACAGUCCUUCUGCCGAUGGCACUGUGACACCCGUGUCUAGGGAUUCUAUCACCAUUCAGCGAGGAGAGACUAGACCCACUCCCCAGCUGCCCCCCCAGCAGCUCCUUCCCCGCCCAUCGGGCUCCGCGGGCCGGGGGGCACGAGAGUUUGAUACACGGAGUCUGAAGGAAGAGAAUUUUGUGGCCUCCAUUGGCACGGAGCAGCCCAAGCAGGUCAUCGAUAGUGCAGACACGGAGGAGAAGAAGUCUCAAAUUAGUGCAGAUAGUGGCUUGAGUGUCACCUCUGGAUCUCAGCGGAGUGAUUUGGAUGGUGUCAGUACAGGACCUUCCAUUCUCAUUCGAAGCAGCAGUCAGGAUUCUGAAAUCAGCACAGUGGUCAGUAACAGCUCAGGGGAAACACUAGGUGCCGACAGUGAUCUGAGCAGCAAUGCCGGAGACACGUUGGGCGGCCCAGGCGGAGGUCACCUGUCAGGAUCCAGAGGAGCCGUGUCCGACAGUGAGAUCCAGAUGAAUUCUCUCACUGGAGCCAUAUUUGGAAAGCCUCAGGUCCUGCGUCCUGGAGAGAGAAAUAGUGGUGUCAGCCCAGUACAACCACCACAAGAUGUCAGCCAGCGUAUCUAUCUGUAUGAGGGCCUUUUGGGAAGAGAUAAGGCCUCAGUCUGGGACCAGCUUGAAGACGCAGCGAUGGAAACCUUCUCUCUGAGUAAAGAGCGCUCCACCCUUUGGGACCAGAUGCAGUUUUGGGAGGAUGCUUUCUUGGAUGCUGUGAUGCUCGAAAGAGAGGGAAUGGGGAUGGAUCAGGGACCUCAAGAGAUGAUAGACAGGUAUAUGUCUUUGGGAGAUCAUGACCGGAAACGUCUUGAGGAUGAUGAAGAUCGACUUCUGGCUACGCUCUUACACAACAUGGUGGCCUACAUGGUGAUGAUGAAGGUAAACAAGACCGAUCUCCGCAGGAAGGUUCGACGUCUGCUGGGGAAAUGUCACAUAGGUUUAACGCACAGUCAACAGAUUAAUGAACUGCUUGACCGAGUGACAGAUCUGAAUGGCCGUGACCUGAGUGUGCGACCCAGUGGUAGUCGUCACAUUAAGAAACAGACUUUUGUGGUGCAUGCUGGGACUGACACCAGUGGAGACCUGUUCUUUAUGGAGGUUUGCGAUGACUGUAUCGUAUUACGCAGUAACAUUGGAGCUGUGUACGAACGCUGGUGGUAUGAAAAACUCAUUAACAUGACCUACUGCCCCAAAACAAAGGUUCUCUGUCUGUGGAGAAGAAAUGGACAAGAGACCCAACUCAACAAGUUUUUCACCAAAAAGUGUCGUGAGCUGUAUUAUUGCGUGAAGGAGAGCAUGGAGCGCGCAGCAGCACGGCAGCAAAGCAUUAAACCAGGUCCAGAGCUUGGUGGUGAGUUCCCUGUUCAAGACAUGAAGACUGGGGAAGGGGGUCUUCUUCAGGUGACCUUGGAAGGGAUUAAUCUGAAAUUCAUGCACAGUCAGGUUUUCAUACAGCUGAAUCACAUUAAAAAGUGUAACACUGUACGGGGCGUCUUUGUCUUGGAGGAAUUUGUUCCUGAAACUAAAGAAGUGGUGAGCCACCGGUACAAGACGCCCAUGGCCCACGAGAUCUGCUACUCUGUCCUGUGCCUCUUCUCCUACGUGGCCGCCAUCCGAGGAAAGGAAGCGGAGAUGAAGAGCAGACCCCCUCGGCCUGUGUCCAGCUGA